AUGGUGGCAGCGUUCGUAAUUAUUCUCAAAAGUAGAGGUAUUUUUACAUCAACGGUCUCAUAUAGUCUGGAAGGCCCCAAUCUCCCCUCUACUGUUGCCGAACUGAAGAACCAGAGAGAAAAAAUGGGGAGCUCAUCAGGCUUCUAUGGUUUCUUCGUGCUGUGCGCGAUCUUAGCCGUACACGUGUCUCUUUCAUCAUCAACCACCGUCGAUUUCAUCGGCGACAACGAAAUCGGCUUCUUCCCGAUGAAAUCGGAGUGUCGCGGAUCUAUCGGGGAGUGUCUGCUUUCUGAGGACGGGUUGUUCGGGUCGGAGUUCGAGAUGGACUCGGAGACAAACCGCCGCAUUCUGGCAGGACGUAGGUACAUAAGCUACGGUGCGCUGAGGAGGAACACUGUACCCUGCUCGAGACGUGGUGCUUCCUACUACAAUUGCCGGCCCGGUGCUCAGGCGAAUCCCUACCGUCGCGGAUGCAGCAGAAUCACUCGAUGCAGGGGUUGAAAUUCUUUAUCUGUUCUUCCUGAUUUUCCUUCUUUAUUUAACUUUAUUUUAUUUUAUUUAAUUUUUACCUGAUGAGUUUAUUGGGAAGAAGUCUGCUGCUAUAUACAAGUAGGAGGGAAGUAGAGAGAUUGAAUAAAAUCUGGUGAUGGAUGUAUUGUAAUUUAGGUACACAUUCUUGUUUUCUUGGUAAAUUGUGCGCAUAUGUCCAAAUUGUUUGUAUUAUUCUGAUCAUUUAUCACAUGUUGCUUGCGUUUCUUCUGUU